GGCCGUGGCGUGUGGGCGUGAUUAUGCCAAAGCGGCCGCGCGGGGCGAGGCGAGCAGCCUUUGAAACAGCAGAGCAGCUUCAUCAUCUUCCCCCGCGCGUCCACUCUUGCUUUGAAACCAAGGUUUAGCCGCGUGCAUGCAUGCAGCGCUACUGCGUCACUGCGUGCAUGCUAGCUUCUCCUCGGGGCAAAGCAAGGAAUCCAAGUGCGCAACCACCAACGUUACACUAGAGCAAAAGCACGGCCAAAACCACCAAAGUACCGGACGCACAAAUUAACCUAGCCGACACACCUCCCCGCGCGCAAUGGCGAGCACCGCCGCAGCCCCAGCCCCCGCGCAAACCAGCCGAACGAAGCCAAUCCCGGCCGCUCUCGUGCCCGCGGCGUUGGUGCUCGCCGUCGUCGUCGCCGUGCUCUCCCUGCUGCCCUCCGUGGCCCAGGCGGUGUGGGAGCUGCCACACUUCCUCCUCCUCGGCCUCGUCGUCACCUACGGCGUCUUCGCGCAGCAGAAGAACAACGGCGACGCCGCCGCCAAGGACGACGGCGCCCCCCGGGCGUGGAGCUCGCGGUACCGCCCCGACGACCCGCUCGUCGUGGUGGCGCCCGACCACGCGGCGGGCGACGACGGGGAGGACGGCGCGAGCGUGAGGCCGUUCUCCCUGCCGGUGCGGAGGCUGAAGCCCGUUGUCGAAGAGUCCGAGGCCGGCGGCGCUACCGACACCGACGGCGGCAUUGGCGAAGAGACGGACAGCUCUGCGUCCACCGCGGGAUUCUGGGCCGGCACGCCGCCCACCGCUCCUUCGCCGCCCUCUGUCCUCGACGCCUUCGACUCCACGCCGCCGUCCACCGUUUCCAAGGGGUUCCCGGGUUACGAUUCUCCGUCGCCUAAUGACCAGUCCUCGUGUAAUGAAGACGAGGAAGAGGAGGAGGAGGAGGAGGAGGGCACCGACUGGGACGAGGAUGCUGAUGGCUCGGAAGAGAUGACCGCCCCGUCGUCCUUCCCCGGCGACUUCGUUGCCUGCCGCAACCGCCGCUACGACGGCGCCGGCGACGGGGAUGGCGAGUCUGUCGAUGAGGAGCUUGUUGAGCUGGCGACGCAGGCGGCGCCGGCGUGCGGGGACGAGGUGGACAGGAAGGCCGACGAGUUCAUCGCCAAGUUCAGGGAGCAGAUCAGGCUGCAGAGGAGCCGGCCACGCGUGACAUAGGCAUGCGCUGCAUGCAUGCUUCGUUCCAUUGCGGAUGACGUGCUUGUGAUUCGUCAACUUCUGAUUAUCAUUUUUCUUCUGUAACGCCAUGAUGUCUUCAUGUAUCAUUUUCUUCUCUCUUUUAGUGCCCUGAUCGAUGCCGUCAUAUAUUAGAGGCUGGAAAGAAGAUGUGAAUGAAUGGAAACCAGUGUUCA